AUGCUGCUCAUCUACUAUGUACCAGGCCUGGGCAAGAUUCCCUAUUGCUCCAUAAUCACUUGCCAUUCACCUUCGGAGGGGUUGAAUCACGUGGAAGAUCACCGGGAACAGCUUGUCUCUCAGUUUGAUUUCGCCCGGUUUUCUCUGACGGUUGUCUCUAUUUCGCUGCAUCGUUUUGGAACAAAGAUUUGUAUUGCCUCAAAAAUUUUAUAUAUUGCAUCCGGCGCCGAGAUAAAGAGCUCUUAUCUGAAGUUCUCCACAUGGCGAGACUCGGUAACCUCUCCAGUCACCUCCGAGCAUAUCAACCGAAACCCACCUGCGAUGGAAGUAGUGCAGAAAGAACACAGCCGACUCCUCAAGAGGACCGAGGGCUCUCAGGGCAUCAAGAAUGUUCAGUCUGCAAUCGAUUCACUUCAGUCUGCUCGCGAUGCCAUAGCUGCUGAUCCAUCCACUGCCUCUGCCACUCUAGCCACCCUUCAGAACUCGGUUAAAUCAUCCUUUGACUCUAUCAAUGACAGCUUGAAAGAGACUCACAGUGGUCUCAACAAGUACACCAAAUCGCUAGAUAAGCUGUUUAAAGAUCGACCACUGCCUAGCACCGACGAUGAUGACCUCUCUUCACACGAAACCUUGAUCAACCGCGCCAUCGCCAUGCAUCUCCUUCGCGAAGGUCAGUUCGGCGUGGCCGCCACCUUCCUCUCCGAGAUUGCCGAGGAGAAGAGAAUGUAUCCAGUCUCUCAGAACGAGCGUGUACCGACCAAUACAACUGCGAGCCUGCUCGAUAUUGACGAAGUUCCUUCGACCGAGAUCCGGAAACAAUUCGCCUCGAUGUACUAUAUCCUACAACAACUACAAGAGAACAGGAACUUACUGCCUGCGAUCGAAUGGUCGAGAGAAAACCGCGAGGCGCUGGAAGCCCGAGGCAGCAACCUGGAAUUUGAACUCUGUCGACUGCAAUUCGUAUGGCUGUACCAUGGCGGAGCGAACAGCCAGCGAACCGCAAGCGGAUGGCUAGCAGCGCUCGAGUAUGCACGGCAGGAGUUCCAUCUCUUUGUGCCUCGGUAUUUGAGAGAAGUUCAGCAGCUAGUGGGCGCAAUGGCGUACUCGUCCAACCUCAGCGAGUCGCCAUAUGCAGCUCUCUUCAACAAUACUAGCUCGGCCUGGGAUGACGUAGCUCACUUCUUCAAUCGCGAGUUCUGUUCUUUGCUGGGUCUUUCGGCAGACUCGCCGCUGUAUAUUGCUGCUACGGCGGGCGCGAUCGCUCUGCCGACGCUAUUGAAGCUACAGACGAUCAUGAAGUCGAAGCGGACGGAGUGGACUUCCGACAACGAGCUUCCGGUCGAAAUACCUCUCCCUCCCCAAUAUCUCUUCCAUUCUAUCUUUGUCUGUCCGGUUUCAAAGGAGCAAGCGACCGAUGAGAACCCUCCUAUGAUGAUGCCAUGUGGACAUGUCAUUGCGCAGGAAUCGUUGAAACGUCUGGGCAAGGGUAACCGGUUUAAAUGCCCGUAUUGUCCUAGCGAAAGUCACCCCAAGGAUGCCAAGAAAGUAUUCCUGUAG